CACAACAUUAGCUGAAGUCUAAAAUGGAGGAAGUUGUGCAUGAUGUUACUUAAGUUAAAUAUAGUUUUAAGCAUAAGAAAAAAAUCAGUGCAAGUCCCGUUUAAUAAAUUGCAGAGAGUCCGGACUGUUUCUACAACACGGUUUGUUUGUACCUUUAUCUAGUGAGGUAUACUAGCCUGCAGUUAGCUUCAGGUGUUGCUCUUAAUUGAUACUUUAAAAAACUGCUUUCAUUGUGGUGUGAUUUGAAUGUGAUUUGUGUGGUAUGCCUUACAAGCAGAGAGCCAGGACACAACCACAGAGGAGUAUGGAGCUGGGUGAGGUGCAGGCUAGCAUGCUGGAGCUGCACGAAUUCGGGGAGAGGGUGGUGAAGAGGCGAAAGAUGCAAUCUGAAAAAGAAAAAGAUGAUAAUGAAAAUACAUCUGAAUCCCUGUGUGAGUCUGUUCCCCCCACAAAUGAAACUCCCAUUAAGAGGACACAAGUGGAAGACGGUUGCGACUCUCUCAGUGUUAAAAAAGCUGUGGUGGUCUUGAUCAGACUCCCUGAAUAUAAGAUCAGGGCUCUUCGACCACCGACACCGCAGCAGUUCUACAGCGAAGACGAAUCCCACAGCAGCUCUGAUUCAGACAUGCAGUGGGAACCGGAGGAUGAUUCUAGUGACUCUGAUUUCUCGGCCUCAAACAAUGGAAAGAAAGCUGUAAAACCGCUAAAGAUUGAUACGACGAGACCACCUGCACCACAAACCAGCAGUAACAACAACGGCAACAAGAACAACCACGAACCUAACCCCAUAAUUGAAUCAUCAGCUUUUGGCCAUUCUUCUCAUGAAACCACCAAGAUCCGCCCUGACUUGCCAGAGGAAGAGGUCAAAGUGGACAUGAUGGUGCUGACCAGGAAGAGGCGCAUGAGAUGGCAACGGGGGAAAGUAGUGGAAAUAGUUGCUAAAGAAGACGGACGGUUGAAGUACAAGGUUAGUUUUGAAGAGAAGGGGAAGAGCCUAGUAUCUGGACACCACAUCGCCUUUGACCACCCACCGAAGCUGGAGCAGCUGUAUGUCGGUGCUCGAGUGGUGGUCCGGUGUCAAGAUAACAAAUUUCGGUUCAGGCCUGGUAUUUUGGCAGAACUCCCCAGCAGAAAGAACCGCUUAAGGUUCUUGGUCUUUAUUGAUGAUCACACACCUGUUUAUGUUGGCUUACCUUUACUUCACCUGGUGUGCAGACCAUUGAAAGAUGCUUUAGAUGACAUUCCAGACAGCCCUCACAAGCAUUUCAUGAAGCAAUACAUCAAGGACUGGCCUUACCCACAUUUAACGCAGUACAGGGCCGGACAGACCCUUAAUGCAGAAUUAAAUGGAGUCCAGCAGAGGUGUGAGGUGCAAGUGGUCGACUGCAGCUUGAUACAGGUUGUUUUUCAGGGUCAGCAACAUAAAGAGUGGAUUCACAGAGGCUCCAUACGGCUAGAACAUAUGGCAAGGUUUUUGGAACUGAAAAGUGGGGAAGAGCAUAAAGAUGACUGAAUAAGAGCCCACAGACACUGGUGAACUAUAAUGUGGGUCUGGAGAAUGGGAAAAGUCCAUAACUUUCACCCUAAAGUGAUGUGCCAAUGGAUUGGGUUUUUUUGGGAGAGCACAUAAAAUCUUUUUUUUUUUUUUAUUGGUCCGCUUCUGUUACAUAAUACAUAUCCAACUGUGGGUGGAAAAGUGAAAGUUGGUGUGAGUCUUUAAGAUGUGUUGAAAUUUGCUGGUGUGUGUCUGCUGCUGUGUUGAAAGUUUUGGGAAACAGGAAAUGCAGAUGGAAACCACUGUAAAUAUACAAGGUAAAAAUGGUGGAUAACCAAGUCAGUGCAAAUCAUGAUGCCCCUAUGGACUCAUGAUACCCAUAUGGACUCACGAUACCCAUAUGGACUCAUGAUACCCAUACUGACAUUUUCUCAAUAUCCAAUUUGGUUUCCAAUUAUGUCUUUGCUUUAUGUAGCUUCCCACAUCCUACCUGUUGGUUUCUUAAGUUUGUAAAUAUUAAAAGUAUUCAUGUUUGAUAUUUUUAUGUUUAUUUUUUGACAUAUUAUUGUAUAUUGGCUCAUUUGCA